AUGCCAUUAAAAGUAUUAUAUUUGGCGAUGGUGUAUUUUUCUGCAAUUGGAAAUGAAGCUCAUUCUCACGCAGAUACAAUUAGUCUAUUGCUUCCUAUUGUCCUGUUUCGACGCGGCAAGUCCUCAUAUGAACACCAAUACAAGAAUCAAGAUAAAUCAGCUCAUGCAAUGCCAAUACUUGGAAGCAUGCCAUUGAGUACUACUAACAUGAUUGGUUUAUUAUCUCGACAUGUUAACUUUACACGAUUAACAUCGAUCUGUAUGAAGUUCAGCCUAGCCUUUGUUCUAUCUGCUCUUGCUUCUUUGGCUAUUGCCACUUCAGAUUCUGCUUCCGUGGAACCACUUCCAUCCGCGACAAAAUCUCACCACUCGGUGACAUCUCGUACCAAGUAUCAUCGUAGAACUCGUACAAGUUCCAGGCCUAAACCAAGCCCUUCUCAUGCUCACUCUCACACUACUGCCCGACACACUCCGAUUCCUAAACCCUCAACCCCCAGUGAUUAUGACGAUUGUCAUGAUGAUGACGACAGUGAUGAUGAACACGAUCAUGACAAGGCUCGCCACAGCCGUAAACACAAAACCAAGACUAAGUGUGGAUGCAGACCUGCUACCAUAACCAUAACCAAGACUGUUACUAAAUAUUCUACUGCAAGCAAGCUAUGCUUUAGCACUUCUACUUCAUCCUCACUUUUGACUGCCACUUACGACACUUCCAGCUCUACUCUUGCUCCAUCUUCAGAUAUGCCUAGUGUUACCUCUACUCCGGAAUCAACUGUUACCUCUACUCCAGAGUCAACUGUUACCCCAACUCCGGAAUCAACAGUCACCCCAACAGUUACUCUAACUCCAGAGUCAACUGUUACCUCUACUCCGGAAUCAACUGUUACCUCUACUCCAGAGUCAACUGUUACCCCAACUCCGGAAUCAACAGUCACCCCAACCCCGACCCCAGAGCCAACUGUCACCCCAACAGUUACUCCAACUCCAGAGCCAACUGUCACCCCAACCCCAACCCCAGAACCAACGCCUACUGCAUAA